AUGCAUCGUGUGGUGUAUGGUCAGCCGCGACGUCGGGGGCAGCAGCGGCAGCAGCAGCGGCUGGCGCUGUAUCGACAUCUGUUCCCGCAUUUGAUGUACUCCGACACGGAAGCCUCAGUCACGACUCCUUUUUCUCCUUCUUGCCGUGCCGAUUCAACAGCAGCAGCGGGGUAUGAAUCGGGUGUAUCGGGAGCCUUCGCUUCGAGGGGAGACAGCCGAGUGGGCCCUUGGGGGUGUGGCAGCACUGUUGGCACAGGUAGUCAGAUCAGCCCGUCGUAUCCUCUGCACUUCCAUCUGUGGGGUGUCCAUGUGAAGCGUCGGUAUCAGCAGCAGCAGCAGAAGGCAGCGGCUGCAGCUUGCGCGGCGAGGAGAAGAAGCGCAGCGUGGACGUGGACGCAUCCUGAGGGAGAGCGGGGGGUGGGAAUGGCGCUCAGCAGCGAGUGGCAGCAGGGUGAGCGCGACAGAGGAACAAGCGCAGCAGCAGCCUCCUUCGCAGGCAUGCAGGAAGGCAAGUGGGGGUCUGGCAGUAACACCACCUCCGAGUGCUGCAUUUCGUCGAGCACCGAGGAGACAGUCGGCUGUUGUCUUGCAGGCUCCACUGCCAAGGGGCCUCGCGAAGCGCAAGCCUCCCUGUCAGCAGCUCCUUCAAGCGCUCUGCAUAGCCACCAACUGAGUCAAGCGAGGAGCAUGGGAAAGAGUCUUGCGGGGAGGAGGGCACUUCGAGCCCUUCAAGGUGCGCAGGCAGAAGCCCCUUUAAGGCAGCCGCAGGAAGAAGGAAGUUUAACCUCCCUCUCGGCAGCAGCCGCUGCCCUUCCCUCUGCAGCGGCAGCGUCACCACGCACACCCUUUGCUGCUCCUGCUGCUGCCGCUGCUGGAACUGAAGCCAGCGUUGCUCAGGAAGGUCCCCUGCCAUGUGCAGGAUCGACAGCCGUCAAGCACGCAUGCGUGGAGUACAUGGAAGAGGAGGAAGAAGAAGAGGAGGCGGUCUACCGCCCUUUCCAGCCCGCUUUUGCAUUAGCUCCAGAGGUAUCUUCUUCGGAAGCAUCGCCUGCAUGUGCCUCCUCGGAGGCAUCCUUCGCGCGCGUGUCUCGGCGUGAACUGGCGAACUUUGACGUAGACGCUGCAGCCGCUGGUCCCCACGCAACGCGACACGGCAGCAGCCUUCAAAAAAGCAGCAGCAACAGCAGCAACAGCAGCAGCAGCUGCAGCAGCCGCACGGGGGGCAAAAUCUUGCCUUUCGGGGAGAGUUGCGUGAUGCCCUUGGACCUGUUGCGCGAAGCUGCACUGCCGCUUGCGGCAACGCAUCCCAGCAACUUCCUAAGCCUCGACGAGCACGUUCCUUUCUUCGUGCGACUCCUUGAGGGGGCUUACAAGCAUCCCGCAUGCAGACCCCCGGGGUGUACCGGUCUGAAUGUGCCUAGGCCUGGAGUGAGCGAGGCGGAAUUUCAGAUGUGGAUGCAGCAGAAGCUGCAAGAGGGGAUUUCCGACAUGGCCGAGGUUUACGGGGACCCCUCAAUGGAGAUGGCCUCGCACAAGGUUCUUCUGGAGGAGACGUUCAUCAAGUCAGGCUUUAUAUCGGCACUAGUACAGAGUUUGAUUCGUAAACGAAGCCGCAGAGCAUGUCUGCAGCUGCUCGCAGCCAUCGGCACUCACACCCAGCAGUUUCGAUGUCUCUCGAUCUUCAAGGCGGAGGUAGAGAUGCAGUUGUUGCAGUCCCCUCUGGCCCUUGUCUCGGCGCUUCUCUGCUGCAUUCCCAAAGGGCCUUCAGGCCGCUUGGGGGUGGCAUUCAUUGCUGCAGUCGAUGCUCUGCAGCAACUUGUGUUGGCCGUUCCUGCCCUUUUGGAGCAUCUCACAGCCUUCCACUGGCAAAGCCUUUUGGACCUCUUCAUUCUGCGUCGCUCGCAUCAUAUUUUCGCUUCGAAGUUCCUCUGUAUAAUUCGACGCGCGCUGGAUGUGGGCUCUGGGGAGAUGCACCGUCGGCUAUUUACGGAGUGCCGCCUUCUUGACCGCCUGGACUAUGCAGUUUCUCAGUUCCGACAGCGUCACAGCGAAUCCAAGAAGCAUCCUUCGGAUGGACUGGGUCCCAUCAUUGACCUCCUAAUUCACAUGAGCUACUUGGUUCAGGUUGAUGGCACAGCAGCGUCUGCAGAGGGCAUCCUCUGUCCGUCCUCGCCCUCCUCAGGAAUGAAUACUCCGCGACUGACUCCCUGCACUCCGCGCAGUAACGGGCAGCAGCAGCAACAGCAGCAGCAGCAGCAACAACAACAACACGCGCUGGCGUUGAAGCUUUUUUCGCCUCACGGCAGCGGCAAGGAGGCCUCCGUGACAUCUGCUGCAGCUCCCGCAAAAAGCUCGAGCGGCACAGUGACGGCUGCCGUCUCCACAGUCUCCCCCGCAGCUCUGCCGCACGCCCUACUGCCUGUUAUUCCCCUCUUGCCAGCUGCUGCAUCAGCUUCUGAAGGAGGCGCUCACAGGGUUGGGGGAUUGCCGCUGCUGCUUGAGGCAAGUAGUGACUCACCCAGAGCCUGCUUCUCCCCCAACCCCGUUGCGCGUCUCUCUGGGCACGAAGGUCAUCACCUGCAGCAGAAGCAGCACUCGCAGCAAUACCCCCAACAGAUGCGGAAACAGCUCGAGAGCAGCAGGGAGACGCAUGCACUUGAGAAGGCUGCACAGUCCGUCUUGCCAGAUAUCGGCGCAGCAGAACGACCUAGUGGCCAGAUAUCCCCAGGGAACAGCUCGAAUCCGACUGCUUACAACAACGUCAGCCUAAGCGCGGAAGGCGCUGCUUUCUUCGCUGCAUGCGCACAGCAGCAGCCCGUCCAGCGACACGUCUCCACAGCAGAGCACCACACGCCUGCACAUCCCGGCUUUUCGCGUGCUGGUUCAGACCCAGCCGCCUCUGAUGAGCAGCGCCAGACGGAAAACUCUGCGCUAGGCCCUGCUGUACUGCACUAUAGAGGGCCAGACGGAACGCAGCCCAUGGAGAUUGAUUUUGAUCAUUUCUCGCCUCCCGCAUCUCCUGUGGCUUCGAGCCAAGCCAAUUCCACAUCCGCAACACCAGGAGCACGGUCAGACGCUGCAGCGCGGCUGGCACAUGCCGCGGCAGCUACGGGAACGGGAGAGCUGUCCUUGCUGCCAAGUUCAAUUGAAAAUUCUGGACUGGCUGCGGAGAAAAGUGCGCGUGUUCCCUCGCCUCCCUUCAGCUACAGAGACGACGGCAGCAGGAGCAGCGAGAGCAGCAGCGAAAGCAGCAGCGAAAGCGACAGCUGCAGCGAAAGGGAAAGUGCUGUCUCUAAGGAUACUACUGCACGCCGGAGUUCGGAGUUCUCCGCAAGCUCCCACGGGACGUUCGUGACGCAGUUUUUGCUGCAGUCUCGGAAAUGGCAAAAGCUGCAGCGCUUCAUAUCAAAACAGCGGCGUGGCCCUUUCCUGGAUCUGACGGACCCUAGCAACUUCAUGCCUGUUGAUGAAGCUAGGAGAGUGAAGGAAGAGAGGAAGCGGCAGGAGAAGCUGCAGCAUCAGCGAGAGGGGAAGCAUCGAAAGAGCAAGUCAGAAAAGAAGCGCAAGAAGGAGGGUAGCCAUCACGCCUCCCAUGGCCAUCAACCGCGUCUUGCUUCGACGCCCACUCAGCUGGUAGAGCAUAGCGAACAGAUCCGACAGUCCGAUCCCUGCCUCAUAACUCCUCACCUCGUGGGAGAAGAGGCGCGAUGA